UUCAAGGUUGUAUUUGAGCCCGUUGUUUUGAUGUUCUAGAGCAGACGGACGAGUUUAUUGAUGAAUAUCUUUAGUUUGAGUUCUGUGAAGUCCUCAUUAAACUGUCUGUGUUACUAUACACCGGAAAUCCGUCUAUAUUUAUUUCACUAAGCUGUUCCACAUCAUUUUAUCUUCGUUUUGAAAAUGUAAAAUUUGAGAUAUAAAAAGCCUACCUGUUAAUGAAGAGUUACUUUAUGUAUUGAUUUAUAUUUUUAUUUUCUCCGUGUCGAACAUUUUCAUGUCUAUUUUUAAGCCAGUACUGUCGUCUGUCUUUAUAGCAAGAUGAGUUCAACCUGAAUGUUUAUUGAAAGUCCAGCUAAAAAUAUGUUUAAAAUAGGUGAAUAUUAAUUCUUCAUUAUGCUGAAUUCCUAUCAACAGUGCAGAAAUUAUCGGUGUUUCCUGAAACUGUAACCUGUUAAAGCUUUCUUAUUCUAUUUCGCACUUGAUUUACAUGUAUUACGCAAGUUUAACCGAUAAAGUGUUUGUGUUAGGUGUGGGUACUGCCUUAAGUUUGAUACUUAUUUAUAAUUGGCAUAGUAAUAAAUUGGUGUUGUAUUUUUCGGGUCAGUGAUGUUGGGUUUGUUUGCAGAGCAGGCUGAAGUCAGCAGUCAUGGCUUGUUCAUCGCAGUCUGCCUCAGAUUAUAUCAAGAGUGCUAGAGGUCACCUGGUUGGACAAUUGACGAGUCUGUCAGUGAUUCUGGAGAACUUAUAUCAGCAGAAAGUUCUCAUGGAAGAAGAGGUCAGCAACAUAGAGGCAGAGAAAAGUCACUUCAACAGAACCCGAGCAAUACUGGACUCAGUCACUAAGAAAGGGGAAGAAGCCUGCUACAGGUUACUGAGGAUUCUUUAUGAGACGAGGAGCAGAACCUUACCAGCUCCUCACCCCAAGAACAAGCAUUCAGCUUCAACUAAGGCUAAAAGAUUUGAUCUGCAUCACUGGAUCAGCUGCUUUCCUUUCAGGGACGAUGACAGCAUUUAUGUUGACUACAUCAAAGGAUCAAAGCCGUGCCACAGAUAUCAAGCAAAGUUGAAGACAGAAGCAGAAAAAUUUUCUAACAAUAUUUGGAGGAGAAGUGAAAAUCUUUUUGAAGAAAACAAGAAGCCUGGACUGUCAUUUUAUUCACUUGUAUUAAAUACAGAAGGGACAACUACUCCAUCCAAAGUAAAGACAUUUAAAAACAAGAAAAGCAACAUGUAUCGUUCUAAAAAGUUAAGGACUUACAUUCCAGAGAGCAAACCAGAAAUCUCCCCCAGUGACCUGCUGAAACAUGAUAAAAACAUCCUCCUUGUUGGGAAACCUGGGAUGGGAAAGACGGCGCUGAGUCAUGAAAUGUUGAGACUGUGGUCAGAAAGAGACAAGCAGCUGGAUUACAUGUUUUACUUUGACAUGAGGGAGUUAACCAACAUCCCACCAACCAUGAGUUUGGAGGAUCUCCUGUUUAAUGUGCACUGUGAACCGGAUGAAGGCAAAGACGAAAUAUUAACAGAUAUGAAGAGCCACUCUGAUAAUCUUAUCAUCAUUUUAGAUGGAGUCACAGAUUUCACUUCACUUGUUGUGAAGAAAUUUGCUAAGAAAAAUCUGCCUUAUGCAAAAAUCAUCAUCACCUGCAGACCAGAAGAUGAGGAUCAGGAUAAGAAAGACUUCUGUCCUAAAGACUGGCUCAGAGUGGAGGUGAAAGGCUUCAGUAAGGAAACAAUAAGCAGAUAUUUGUCUUCAGUUCUGGGUGAAGAUCACAGGAAGGUCCUGAGUAACGUGGAGCUGUUGACCCUUUGUCAUGUUCCAAUGUAUGCACUGAUGGUGGCUGCCAGCUUUUCAUCUGAAGACUCUCUGCAGCCCAGAACUGUCACUGAAAUAUACAUCAAUAUUGUUCGGUUUUGCCUCCAGAUGAACAGCAGCAAAAUCAAGAUGAAGAAUCUCAAUCAGUUCAUCAAAACCAAGAGCAAUGAAAUCCUGUCUCUGGCUGAAGCUGCUUUUAAUGCAACUGAAAGAAAAACUGUGAACCUGGAAGAACUUUCCUGUGAAGAUGGCUGCGUCCUUUCCUUCCUGAAAACUCUUGAUGUGAAAGUUGCUCCUACUGAAACCAUAACCCUCUAUGCUUUCCUCCAUUACACCAUGCAGGAGUUUUUUGCAGCUCUGUGGGCUUUGAAGAGUCCUGAUAAGAUCAGGGAGGUUUUGCAGCAGUUCCUCACUGAGGAGAAGAAACACAUGAAGCAUCUGAUCCCGUUCAUGUGCCGUUUGUUGAAUCAGAAGAGUCCCAGUUUGAUGAUCUGUCUGACUCCAGCUGAGGAGCUCAAGGAAACACAACAAUGGGUCACUAAAGACUUGAUUGACACAGUUUUGUCUCAUGGCAGUGAGCGUCAUGUGGACAUGCUGUUCUUAUGCCAAUGUUUGUACGAGUCCCAGAGCUCUGAACCCUGUAUUUCCUUUCUGGACAAACUGAACUAUCAUAUUGACCUCAGUAGAAAGAAUCUGGACCCUCAUUCCUGCUGCGCUGUGUCCUAUGUGAUCAGUCAAUCAACAGACAGGAAAAUAAAUCUGAACCUUCAGGAUGUGACGAUAUCUGUACAAGGAAUGAGACGACUGCGUAGAUGCCUCCAAAAUGUUGAACGGACUGGCACUUUUCGACAGCAGCUCUGGAAGAUUGUGCUUCUCAGUGAAGGACAAAUAGACAACCAAAGUCUGCAGAUGGACUAUGAAGCCUUGUUGAACCUUGAUGGAAACCAGAUACAUCUUCCAGUGAGGGGGGAAAAGCAGCUUUUUGAAAGAGCUGUGAGGGUCAUGCAGAAAGCUCCUACAAAGGUCGAUGUCUGCUUGUACCAGCACCUUUGGGCUCCAAGAUUAAGGGGUCUGCAUGAGUACCUGGUAGAGGUUUUAUCAAACAUCAGCUCAAUACGUUUUGUUUUUCUGACAAACAAUUCAGAAGAAUACAGGUUCCUGGUGAAUCUGUACUGUGCAGCAGCAGAAAGAGAACAGCAGACAGCACAGAAGAUGGUGGAACUGGUAGCAUCAGUUUGGAGAUUUUCAAGUGUCUAUCCACCCAACCCUUUCAAGGAAGAUAGAAGUCGGACUGAGUUCCUGUUGAGACUGUACUCUCAGAUGAAGGACAGAGAGACUCAAACUGGUCUGAGUCUCCUUCCAUCAUUACAGUCAAUUUUCCAGUCAGCUCCUGAAGUCUGGAUCAUAAACCUCUCAGAGAGAAAAACCUCCGUCCUCCUGGAAGUGAUUAAACUCCAACCAGAGAAGAAACCAGUGAUGGUGACAAACUUCUCACAUGAGAAGAGUGAAGUGGGGAUUUUCCUGCAGUGUCUGCCUCACAUCUCACAGCUCUGGUUUGAUAUUCGGAGCUCAGGUUUUGGUGAACAAGCCAAGUUCCUGGUGAAUCUGUUCUGUGCAGCAGCAAAGAGAGAACAGCAGACAGGGAAGAGGAUGCUGGAGAUGUUAGCAUCAGUCUGCAGAUAUGAAACUUUCCCCUCAAUGGAAAGAUUCAUGGAUUAUGAUGAUGAAUAUUAUGAUUAUUUUGAUGAUUAUGAUGAUUAUCAUGAUGUUGCUGAGGAUCAGAGUAACUUCCUGUUGGAUCUGUACUCCCAGAUGAAGGACAGAGAGACUCAAACUGGUCUGAGUCUCCUUCCAUCAUUACAGUCAGUUUUCCAGUCGGCUCCUGAAGACUGGACCUUAAAGCUCUCUCAGAGAAAAACCUCCAUCCUUCUGGAAGUGAUGAAACUCCAACCAGAGAAGAAACCAGUGGAGCUGAGAGACUGCUCACAUGAAGAGAGUGAAGUGGGGAUUUUCCUGCAGUGUCUGCCUCACAUCUCACAGCUCAGGUUUUAUCUUUGGAGCAUCGAUUCUGAAGAACCAAUCAGGUUCUUACUGAAUCUGUUCUGUGCAGCAGCACAGAGACAACAGCAGAGCGGAGAGAAGGUGGUGGACAUGCUAGCAUCACUUUUCUCUAAUGGUGUUCUAGUUAGUUUAAGAGACACAUAUGAUAUGGAUGAUUAUCCUGAUGAUCAAUAUCAGAGUGACUUCCUGUUGGAUCUGUACUCCCAGAUGAAGGACAGAGAGACUCAAUCAGGUCUGAGUCUCCUUCCAACAUUACAGUCAGUUUUCCAGUCGGCUCCUCCAGUCUGGUUCCUAAACCUCUCUAAGAGAAAGACCUCCAUCCUCCUGGAAGUGAUGAAACUCCAACCAGAGAAGAAACCAGUGAAUCUGACAGACUGCUCACAUGAAGAGAGUGAAGUGGGGAUUUUCCUGCAGUGUCUGCCUCACAUCUCACAGCUCAGUUUCAGUCCCUGGAGCUCAGCUGUACCUGAACAAAUAAAGUUCCUGGUGAAUCUGUUCUGUGCUGCAGCAGAGAGAGAAACACAGACAGGAGAGAAGAUGCUGCAGAUGCUGGCAUCAGUCUGCAGAUAUGAAACUUUCCCUUUAAAUAAGAUGUAUAUAAGGUAUUAUUUUAGUAAUACAUAUGACUAUCUUGAUGAUGAAGAUGAAGAUCAUGAGGCAGAUCAUCAAAAUAACUUCUUCUUGAGUCUGUACUUCCAUUUGAAGGACAGAGAGACUCAAACUGGUCUGAGUCUCCUUCCAUCAUUGCAGUCAGUUUUCCAGUCGGCUCCUAAGGUCUGGAUCAUAAAUCUCUCUAAGAUAAAAACCUCCAUCCUCCUGGAAGUGAUGAAACUCCAACCAGAGAAGAAACCAGUGGAGCUUAAACGCUGCUCACAUGAAAAGAGUGAAGUGGGGAUUUUCCUGCAGUGUCUGCCUCACAUCUCAGAGCUCAGUUUGGAAGUUAAGCAUUUUAAGUCUUCUGAACAAACAAAGUUGCUGGUGAAUCUGUUCUGUGCUGCAGCAGAGAGAGAAACGCAGACAGGAGAGAAGAUGCUGCAGGUGCUGGCAUCAGUCUGCAGAUACGAAACUUUCCCUUUAAAUAAAAGAGAAAACCUUUUUGGGGUUUGGGGGAUUCCAACUCAGACUGACUUCCUGUUGGAUCUGUACUCCCAGUUGAAGGACAGAGAGACUCAAACUGGUCUGAGUCUCCUUCCAUCAUUACGGUCAGUUUUCCAGUCGGCUCCUCCAGUCUGGUCUAUAGACCUUUCAGAGAGAAAGACCUCCAUCCUCCUGGAAGUGAUGAAACUCCAACCAGAGAAGAAACCAGUGAAGCUUAAACACUGCUCACAUGAAGAGAGUGAAGUGGGGAUUUUCCUGCAGUGUCUGCCUCACAUCUCACAGCUCAGUUUCAGUUUUGAUCCUUGGAGCUCAGCUGUACCUGGACAAAUAAAGUUCCUGGUGAAUCUGUUCUGCGCUGCAGCAGAGAGAGAAACACAGACAGGAGAGAAGAUGCUGCAGAUGCUGGCAUCAGUCUGCAGAUAUGAAACUUUCCCUUUUAAUAAAAGAGAAAACCUUUCUGUGGUUUGGAGGACUCCAACUCAGACUGACUUCCUGUUGAGUCUGUACUCCCAGAUGAAGGACAGAGAGACUCAAACUGGUCUGAGUCUCCUUCCAUCAUUACAGUCAGUUUUCCAGUCGGCUCCUCCAGUCUGGAUCAUAAACCUCUCAGAGAGAAAAACCUCCAUCCUCCUGGAAGUGAUGAAACUCCAACCAGAGAAGAAACCAGUGAAUCUGACAGUCUGCUCACAUGGAGAGAGUGAAGUGAGGAUUUUCCUGCAGUGUCUGCCUCACAUCUCACAGCUCAGUUUCAAUCCUCGGAGCUCAACUGUGUCUGAGCGAACCAGGUUCUUAGUGAAUCUGUUCUGUGCUGCAGCAGAGACAGAAAAGCAGACAGGAGAGAAGAUGCUGCAGAUGCUGGCAUCAGUCUGCAGAUACGAAACUCUGGAGUUAAAUGUGAGGAAAGUGGAUGAAGAAGAGAGCCAAAAUGACUUCCUGCUGGAUCUGUACUCCCAGGUGAGGGACUGUGAGACUCGAACUGGUCUGAGUCUCCUUCCAUCAGUGCAGCCGGUUUUCCAGUCGGCUCCUUCUCUGUGUAUCACAAACCUGUCAGAGGGAAAAACCUCCAUCCUCCUGGAAGUGCUGAAACUCCAACCAGAGAAGAAACCAGUGGUGAUGAUGGGUGCCUCACUUCCAAAAAGUGAGGUGGGGAGUUUCCUGCAGGGUCUGCCUCAUAUCUCACAGAUCAUCUGUGAUUCAGGAUUCUUCCAGCGCGUUUGUUCAUUCCUGUCAGAGCGAUCCAGAGAGGAGGUUCAGCAGCUGGAGUCUCUGCUGCAGCAGCUGGACUUCAAGCUGUUUCUAAGUGGAGCGUUGACCAGUGAAACCUGCAGCUCUGUGGGCAGAGUUCUCCGUCUAUGUGGACCCAAAGUGGAUCUGAUCCUCACAGGCAGCCAGAUGUCCGUAGGAGCAGCUGCUGUUCUCUUCAGCUCCACUGCACAGCUGCAGAGUCUGAGAGUCUGCAGCAGUCUGGUUCUGUUCCUGGGUCAGUGGGUGAGCAGAGGCAGGUUGGCCCGUUCUCUGGUCCUCAAAGAACUUUCUGUGGUCUCCACCAAACCCUAUUCAUCACAGAGAGUCCUGUUGAAGGUCGGCAGCAGUCUGGCGUCUCUGCUGAGGUUCUGUAAAAUCGGACGGUUGGACCUGGCUGAGUCUGGUCUCCCUGCUCAGAGUCUCUUCAGUCUGCUGCUUCAUGAUGCUCCUCUCUCGCUCAGACUGAGUGAAGAGAGACUCCAGCAGCUCCUGGUUCUUGUCCAGGAGGUCAAAGACCAGAACCUGACGUCGUCCCUCUUGAAUAAAGUUGGUGGAGACCUAAGCUGCUGCAGCUUGAGCUGGGAGCUUCUUCACUACCUGCUGCAGGAGCCGACAGCUCAGACCAUCACUGUGGAUCUGAAGAAGAACCCGUUCUUAGAGGAGAGAGCCGUUCAGCUGCUGCCCUUCCUGCACAGGGUGGAGAUUCAGAAAUGGAGGCCCAGUCCCAGCUUAGUGAGGACUUCCAUCAGGCAGAUCUGCAGAGAUCACAGCAGUCACCUGAUCCCAGGGUUACUGAGGUCACUGGGUCACGUGAUCAACCUGAACUGCACAGAGCUGGACUCAGAGGACUGUGAUGCUCUGCUGUUCAUCCUCAGACACAGUGAUGGAGUGAAACUGAAGCUGAUGUGGAGCUCCAUGCCAGCAGGGGGCGUCCAGUCCGUCCUCUGUCUGCUGCACAGCGUUUCUGAUCUCAGUGUGGACAGGAAUCUCCUGCUGAGCUUCAUCCUCUGCUGUGCUGCCUCUGACAGCCAGCAGGGGGCAGCACCAGAGCUGCUGCGGACUCUGCAGCACAUGUUGGAUCUGUCCGGCAGCUGCUGUGUGGAUCUGUCAGAGGAGGAUCGGACCGGGCCUGUGAGCCUGACGGCUGCUGACUGCAGGGCUGUGUCCACCGUCCUGAGACACAGCAGCAGAGACACACAGCUGGACCUGAUAGACUGUGAGGUGGAGGACAGUGUCCUGGACCUGCUGUUUCCUGUCCUGGACCGGGUCCGACUCAGAGUCAGUAAGACGGUUCUGGUCCAGCUGCUGUCUCUGCUUGUGGACAGUCAGGGGGACACAGAGAGACGGGCCAUGUCCCUGUGCAGAGCCCUGGGAGGAGAACUGGACCUGAGCCACAGCCCAGUGGAUGAGAGGCUCUGUGGAGCUCUGGUUCUGGUGCUGGACCGGUCUGAAGGCCUAGCAGAACUGGACCUCAGUCACUGCCAGCUGACCGACCAGCUGCUGCUGCAGCUCAGCACUCAGCUGCACAAAGUCCAGGUCCUGGAUCUCAGUCACAAUCACAUCACUGAUGCCUCCACUGCUGGGUUACUCCAGCUGGUCUCCAUCAACGCCUCCAUCGGUUCUGUGAGACUCUCCAACAACAACAUUGUCAACAAAACUCCUUAUAAGGACAACAGGAAGUUUGAAAUCCGAUGAAGCAGCUGGUCAUGUGACCAAUAGGAAGUCCCAGUCUCCUCUGAGCCAUCAGAGGUGGUCAGCAGUGGGAUUGGCUGGUUCUUUUCUGGUUUCUGGUCUCCAUGUUUCCAUCCGGACGUCAGCGGAACCAUCCAGAACCUGAACGUUAUGGAAGAGAACCGCUCUGGUUUUGAACUGGGCCAAAUGUUCUGACCAUGGAGGCAUGGGAAUCACUUCCAGUUCAGGUCUGAAGUCAUGACAGAUGGUUCUUACUUUCUCAGCUGCUUCUUCCUUCAUAAAGACAAAAAUGAAUAAAAAAUGUUUUUUUUUUUAUGAAAAUGAAUAAAAGCUUUCACCACAAACUGGAUGUUCCACUGAAACACUUGGAGCAUCCACCAUUUCAGCUUUCAAAAUAGAUAUUUUACAUAUUUUUUUAUUUUAAGUGUUUAUUUUCAGAAAUUUUUUAUUCUAAAGUUUUUUUUAUGGUUGUCUUUUUAAGGAUUUUUUUUUUUUACCUUUAUUUGAUAGUAAAGCAGCAGGAAUGCAGGUUGGGAGGGGAGAGGGUCAGGAGCUUGAUGUGCCACAGCAGAAAUAUUUUCUACUUUUUCAUUUAGACCUCAGAGAAUCAGUGGCAUAAUGCACUGAUGGAUUAAUUUAUAGGUGUUGUUUUUAUUUAUUAAAUAAUGAUUCUCAGGGGUUUAAAUUGAUUUUUUUUUAAAUAAUGUUCUUAUUGUUUUCUGUUCCAUGUAGUCAACUGUAUGCAAAAAUUGUAAAUGCGACUUUUUAUAAACUUCUAAGUGGUUCAGCUUUUUGCAUUUAGAUAAAAUCCAACAAUCAUUUUAUCUAAAAUGAGUUUGUUGAACUCAAAUGUUAAAAUUAGUUGAGUGAUUAAGCUAAAUUUGUGUUUGAUCAUUAAUCUCUUUUUGUUAGUUUAUUAUUAACAGUUCAGUGCAGAAUCCAAAGGAUUUAGAAUCAUUCUCCAGUGUUGAGUUUAAAGUAUGAUUUAGUUUUCAACUUUAAGAUUCUAAUGUAUGAAGAUUAUUUUUGUGUUCAGAGACUGAAGAUGUUUAAAUAAAAAUAAAUUACAACCA